UUUUGAAAUUUCUAUGCAAGCUGAAGAUGAGAGGAUGAUGCUCCCACACAUCUUCUAAGUACUACUUAUCCAGCAAUUAUGCUUGGACAUCUUUCAAGUGUAAAGCUUACAAUUGUAGAGCACUAUAAAAAGGCAACCCUUAGGCAAAGAUUCUUGCAGUGAAGUGAAUGUUCAUGGGAAAAUCAAUGAGUGGUAUACUUAUAAUUCCUUUCUUUUGUUUUUUCUUCAUUGCAACCACUAGUCUUGGCUUCUGCUAUGGGAGUUUUAAUAUUUCAGGGUGCAGUCCGAGCGAAAGAGAAGCCCUCUUGAAGUUCAAGCAUGAGCUCAAAGAUCCUUCAAAAAGGCUUACAACAUGGGUUGGUGAUGGAGAUUGUUGCAGUUGGUCUGGAGUCAUUUGCGACAACUUAACUGGCCAUGUUCUUGAACUCCAUCUUCGAAGUCUAUCGCACCAAGAAUAUUAUGAUCUCGGCCGAUAUGAUUAUGAAGAGUACCGCAUGAAGUCAACAUUUGGUGGUUCUAUAUCACACUUCGUAUGUCGCAAGAUCCACAAGGUGAAGAGAAUGAGACUUAUUAACCUUGAUAAUAAUUUUUUGUCUGGACAAAUACGAGAUUGUUGGUCUAGUUGGUCAAACUUAGAGUACAUAAGAUUAAGCAACAACAAUUUUAGUGGCAAUAUUCCCAGGUCAAUUGGAACUUUAACCUUCCUUAAGUCUUUGCAUCUUCGCAAUAAUAGCCUUUCAGGAGAAAUACCAUUGUCACUAAGAGAUUGUACAUCUUUAGUCUCUCUUGACCUUGGAGAAAAUCAACUCAUAGGGCACAUUCCACCUUGGAUGGGUGCAAGUUUUCCAUCUAUGGCUUUUCUCAACCUCCGUGAAAAUAAAUUUCAUGGCCAUAUACCUCCGGAACUUUGCCAAUUAGCCUCUCUACAAAUCCUAGAUCUUGCUCACAAUGAUCUCGCUCGGACUAUUCCGAGCUGUAUUGACAAGUUAAGUGCUAUGACUACCAGUAAUCCUGCAGCUAGCUUCUAUGGUUAUCGGAGCCUUUAUGCAUCUGCUUCAGAUUAUGCUACAAUUGUGUCGAAAGGAAGAAUAGUUGAGUAUUUCUCUAUUCUUGGAUUUGUAAAAAGUUUAGAUCUUUCUGGCAACAAUUUAUCGGGAGACAUUCCAGAGGUACUGACAAAACUUAUAGGACUACAAUCGUUGAAUUUAUCGGAUAAUCUUUUAUCAGGAAGAAUUCCUGAGGAUAUUGGUGCUAUGGUUGAGGUGGAAGCUAUUGAUUUUUCACAAAAUCAAUUAUUCGGAGAAAUCCCUCAAAGCAUGACAAAAUUGACAUAUUUGAGCGACUUGAACCUAUCAGAUAACAACUUGAGCGGCACAAUUCCUACAGGCACUCAGUUGCAGAGUUUUAAUGCUUCUAGUUUCACCGGGAACAAAGGCCUCUGCGGACCUCCAUUGACAAACAAUUGCACUGUACCUGGAGUUCAACCUAGAACUGAAAGUUCAAAUGAAAAUAGAAAAAGUGACGGUGGUUUUGAAGUGAAUGGGUUCUAUGUGAGCAUGGCACUUGGAUUCAUUGUGGGAUUUUGGGGAGCAUUUGGUCCGUUAGUGGUUAACAGACAAUGGAGGCAUGCAUAUUUUCAUUUCCUAGAUCAUUUGUGGGACAAAGUUCGGUGGGGUUUAAGGUAAUUGUUGUUAAGAAUUUUGUUGCUUCUUAUGGUUUUUAGUCAUGUUGAUUUCUCUUUUUGUGUAUUUAAUGUGUUGCCGAAUGGAUUUUGUAAGGAAUGCUGCUAUCAUUAUUAAUGCUUUUCUUUUGCCAGUC